AUGGCAGCUGAAAAUCGAGGGCCUGAAUUGGCCGCGGUCAUCAUUUUUCUCAUGGUGUUCUCGCUUGUUACUGUUGGGUUGAGGUGUUACACGAUGGGAUAUAUCCUCAAGCGAUUCUUUGCUGAAGACUGGCUGUCUGUCGUUACACUUGCGCUAUACAUGUUUUACUCAAUAUCGGCACUUAUUUCAAUUCGCUGGGGUCUUGGCCAACAUGUUGCAAAUGUACCGGAAGAUCACCACCCGAUCGCACUGUUCUGGAAGUACAUCAGCCAGUGUAUCUAUGUACUCAUAUCAGUCCUCGUCAAGUACAUCGUUGGACUGCUCCUCCUCCGGAUUUGUUCUCGACAGAAAUGGCAGCGCGUUACCAUCUGGACACUUCUCGGAGUUGUCACUGUCUUCAACAUGUUCUACGUCUUCAUUGUUAUCUUCCAGUGCAUGCCGAUCCCAUUCUACUGGUAUCGCUACAGCCCUAAUCCACCUGUUACUGGGAAGUGUAAUCACUCAAAACUUGCCACCAUUCCGACGUAUGUCAGUUUGGUCUUGAACGUACUCUCUGACUGGAUCCUGGCGCUGCUACCUAUCUCCGUCGUUUGGAACUCAAACAUGGAUAGAAAUACGAAGAUUUCUGUCGUCGCUGUUUUAGCUAUUGGAUCAAUUGCAUCAUUUGCAACAGUAGCCCGCAUUCCAUACGCCAAGCAACUUCUAUCGAACCCAGACUAUUUAUACAAUUUCACCGAUCUCGCGAUCUGGAGUACGGUCGAGAUUGGACUGGCACUGAGCGCGUCAUCGCUGGCAACGCUCAAGCCCCUUUUCCGGAAACUCAAUAUUCUUGCCUCGACACGAAGUGGUAGUCGAUUGGGUGUUGGAAGAAGCGGAUUAGGAACAAGUGGUCGAGGAACAAAAGAUGCAGGCGAUUCAGCAUGGCACUCUCGAAAGAGAUCGAUUCCUUUUACGCCUCGAAACUUUACUGAGCUCAAGGAUGAGGAGAAUGAGUUAGGUAUUAUACAAAUAGCAGUGGAGAAGACUACGCUGAAUAGUGCGGUCGUUCAAGAUCCCUUCAUUUCCGUUCCACUGGCUUCACAUCCGCCGAGUCGGCCUGCAAGACCUGAAUUCAAGAACUUCAAUUUUUAA